AUGCAGCUCCUGGCUCGCGUGCCCUCCCUGCCCGAGCGGGGAGAGCUGGACUGCGCCAUCUGCUUCCGACCCUUCGACCUCGGGGCCCGCGCGCCCCGCCGCCUGCCCGGCACGGCCCGCGCGCGCUGCGGCCACACGCUGUGCACCGCCUGCCUGCGCGAGCUGGCGGCGCGGGGCGACGGCGGCCGGGCGGCCGCGCGCGUGGUGCGCCUGCGCCGCGCGGUCACGUGCCCCUUCUGCCGCGCGCCCACCCCGCUGCCCCGCGGCGGCGUCGCCGAGGUGGCUCUCGACCCGGGCUUGUGGCCGCGGUUGGAGGAGAAAGCUCGGGCGGAGCGCGAAGGACGUGAGGCGCGGAGCCCGGGCAAGGACAGCGGCGACGGGGACCCGGAGGACGAGGAGGAGCCCGGCGAGGCGGCGGCGGGCCCGGGAGGCGCCGGGUGGCGCGCGCUGCGCCGGCUGCUCGGCCGGCUCCUGGUACCCGCGCGACGCUGGCGGCGCCCGUUGCCCAGCAACGUGCUGUACUGUCCCGAGGUCAAGGAUGUUACCCACGUGACGGGUUGCACGCUGUAGCCGAGGAGAGGGGCAGCGGCCUCUUCAACCCGGCCUUAGUAUGGGGCUUGAUGUCAAGGCUACCUGCUCUGAUCCCGAGACUGCUACGUGCUGGGGGUUGAGCCGAGCGCAGAACACCCGGGAGCUGCUCAUGCGAAGCCAUCACGGAUGAGUGGAACUAGGCCCGUCUACUGACUGCCAGCAUUACAUUCCCAGCAUGGACUGCACCGGGGAUGAUAAAAAUGAAGCCUUCGUUGUGACAAAAAAAAAAAACACAAAAAAACCGUUUUCUUAGCUGUGGCUUUGACUGUUGUACAGCGAGGCUGUGGUGUGUGAGGAAGAGAUUUCAUUUUAGCAGUUGUCAAUUUGGAAUGCAAACAAGAUGGGACAAGGGAGAAGGGGCAUAUUUCUUUUGUCAUUUUAAUCUCGUUCCUCUGACAAGUAAGGAUGUCAGUAUGCCACCGCCUUACUCCUAGUUCUGUGUUUCAGAAGUAAACCAGAUGCCUCCUUAUCUGUGACUGGAACCCUUCAGAACUUCCUUUCAGCUUGCCAUGGCAGGUAUACCACCUCCAAAGGGUAUAUAAAAAACUCUAGUGUUUGUUAAGAAUGGGUGAGUUACUUGGUAAAGGCAUCAAAAUUUAAACUUUUGAAGUGUUAUUUUUAUAAUCAGACACGGUAGCACUACUAAAUAAAAGAUGUUCGCACAAUAACUUAUGUCCCAUAAUGGGACAUUACCAAUGCCAUGAGCUGUAUUUUAGUCUUAUAAAUAUGCCUUACAGAAGUCAUAGUCAAGGACCAGCAGUGCUGGUAUCCCUAUAGGGCAGUUGAAAGUACAGAAUCUCAGGACCUCACCCACUGACUCAGAUGCAUUUUCACAGUCCUAGGUGAUCUGUGUGCACAUAAAUUAAGAAGCACAGAUAUAUAGAUCCUAGACACUCUGGUUACAUCAUCUGUGGAUGGAACAUUUAAAACACAUUGCUUUAUUUUAUUGAAAGUUCUAAAAUGGCAUUGUAUUGCUAAACAAAACUUAGAUUUUUCUGAGUUAAAAAUGUGAACUUGUUAAGUUAUAGGCCUCAAUUUUUAGGGGUCUUCAAGCUUUUUUAAAUUAAAUUAUCCAUUUAUAGAGUAUAAGCCUGCAUUUUUUAAACCAUAUUUUGGUAUUUCCUGUCCUUAAGUUUCAGCUUAAAUGUUAUCCUUUGGGAGCAUCACAUCCACCUCUUACAACAUAAUACCUUGUUUGUCUGUGAUAUGUACUGCCAAACUGAACUUGUAUUUGUUUUCUGAGUGUUUCCAAAGUAGAAAGUCCACAAGACUGUCUAGGGCCAACAGAAGUGUUAAUGUGUGUCACAUACUCAAUAAAUGUUUGUUGGAUUUA